GGGUGACGGUGCCUGGAGAGCUGCGUUUCUACCUGGGGCCCGUUGGAACAGCGAGAGGCAGGAGGCCGCGGAUCGCGCAGCGCCCUUCCCGUAAAAGUCGCCCUUGCAGAAGGGAGGGAGCCAAAUUGCCCCCCACCCCGAAUCCAGGGGCUAUUUCGUGGCAGGCGAAAGAAGGUCCGGCGGGGCGCUUCGCUCAGGCGCCGUCUCCUUGCGCGCCGCCAUUUCGGGAGCCGCAGCCUGAGGAGGCGCGAGGGAUCCGGCGGGGACCGAGGCGGAUUGCCAGCGAGGCGGUUGUUGGAGCCAUGGCUGCGUCCGUGGGGAACGUGGCCGACAGCACAGAACCAACGAAACGUAUGCUUUCCUUCCAAGGGUUAGCGGAGUUGGCUCACCGGGAGUAUCAAGCAGGAGAUUUUGAAGCAGCCGAGAGGCACUGCAUGCAGCUUUGGCGCCAAGAGCCUGACAACACGGGAGUGCUCUUACUGCUGUCCUCCAUUCACUUCCAGUGCCGCAGACUGGACAGGUCUGCUCACUUCAGCACUUUGGCGAUCAAGCAGAAUCCCUUAUUGGCAGAAGCCUACUCCAAUCUGGGAAAUGUGUACAAGGAACGUGGACAGCUGCAGGAGGCCAUCGAACACUACCGGCAUGCUCUUCGCCUCAAGCCAGACUUCAUUGAUGGAUACAUUAACCUCGCUGCUGCUUUGGUAGCUGCAGGAGACAUGGAAGGGGCAGUGCAGGCCUACGUUUCUGCCCUGCAGUACAACCCUGACUUGUACUGUGUGCGUAGUGACCUGGGGAAUCUGCUCAAAGCCCUGGGUCGCUUGGAAGAAGCCAAGGCCUGUUAUUUGAAGGCAAUUGAAACGCAACCCAAUUUUGCAGUUGCAUGGAGUAACCUUGGCUGUGUGUUCAAUGCUCAAGGAGAAAUCUGGCUUGCCAUUCAUCACUUUGAAAAGGCUGUGACCCUUGACCCAAACUUCUUGGAUGCUUACAUCAAUCUGGGGAAUGUCUUGAAGGAAGCCCGGAUAUUUGACAGAGCUGUUGCAGCCUACCUGAGAGCCCUGAGCCUGAGUCCAAACCAUGCAGUUGUGCAUGGCAACCUGGCCUGCGUCUAUUAUGAACAGGGGCUGAUUGACUUGGCCAUAGACACCUACAAGCGUGCCAUUGAGCUGCAGCCGCACUUCCCCGAUGCUUACUGCAACCUGGCCAACGCCCUUAAGGAGAAAGGCAGCGUUGCUGAAGCAGAGGAAUGUUACAACACAGCCCUUCGCCUGUGUCCCACUCACGCAGAUUCCCUCAAUAACCUAGCAAAUAUCAAGCGGGAACAAGGAAAUAUCGAGGAGGCUGUUCGCCUCUACCGUAAAGCUCUUGAGGUUUUCCCAGAAUUUGCAGCCGCCCAUUCCAAUUUAGCAAGCGUUCUCCAGCAGCAGGGAAAGCUGCAGGAGGCACUCAUGCAUUACAAGGAAGCUAUCAGAAUCAGCCCCACGUUUGCCGAUGCAUACUCAAACAUGGGGAACACCUUAAAGGAGAUGCAGGAUGUCCAGGGAGCUCUGCAGUGCUACACACGGGCCAUCCAGAUAAACCCUGCCUUUGCCGAUGCCCACAGCAACCUGGCUUCCAUCCACAAGGAUUCAGGGAACAUACCGGAAGCCAUUGCUUCAUACCGCACUGCUCUGAAACUGAAACCUGACUUCCCUGAUGCCUAUUGCAAUUUGGCCCACUGUUUGCAGAUUGUUUGUGACUGGACCGAUUAUGAUGAACGAAUGAAGAAGCUGGUUACCAUAGUUGCUGAUCAGCUGGAGAAGAACCGACUCCCUUCCGUCCACCCUCAUCACAGCAUGCUCUACCCGUUGUCUCAUAACUUCCGAAAGGCUAUUGCGGAACGACAUGGAAACCUCUGUCUGGACAAGAUCAACGUGCUUCACAAGCCCCCCUAUGAACACCCUAAGGAGUUGAAGGCCAGCGAAGGCCGGCUCCGUGUGGGCUAUGUCAGCUCCGACUUUGGGAAUCACCCCACGUCGCACCUCAUGCAGUCAAUCCCAGGCAUGCACAACCCGGACAAAUUUGAGGUGUUUUGCUAUGCGCUGAGCCCUGAUGAUGGCACAAACUUCAGAGUAAAAGUGAUGGCUGAAGCAAAUCAUUUCAUUGAUUUAUCUCAGGUUCCGUGCAAUGGGAAAGCCGCUGAUCGCAUCCACCAGGACGGCAUACAUAUCCUCAUUAACAUGAACGGCUAUACCAAGGGAGCCCGGAACGAGCUGUUUGCCCUCAGGCCAGCACCAAUCCAGGCUAUGUGGCUGGGCUAUCCAGGGACUAGCGGCGCCUUAUUCAUGGAUUACAUCAUCACAGACAAAGAAACUUCACCCAUAGAAGUAGCUGAGCAGUACUCCGAAAAGCUGGCUUACAUGCCCAAUACGUUCUUCAUUGGAGAUCAUGCAAACAUGUUCCCACACCUGAAGAAAAAAGCAGUUAUUGACUUCAAAUCAAACGGGCAUAUUUAUGAUAACCGAAUUGUUCUGAACGGCAUUGAUCUAAAGGCCUUCCUGGACAGCCUACCUGACGUAAAAAUAGUAAAGAUGAAAUGUCCUGAUGGAGGAGACAAUGCAGACAGCAGUGCUGGUCUCAGCAUGCCCGUCAUCCCCAUGAACACGAUUGCCGAAGCUGUGAUUGAUAUGAUAAACCGUGGACAAAUUCAGAUAACAAUAAACGGAUUUAACAUUAGCAAUGGAUUAGCAACUACCCAGAUCAACAACAAAGCUGCAACUGGAGAGGAGGUUCCACGCACCAUCAUUGUCACCACUCGGUCCCAAUAUGGGCUGCCUGAAGAUUCAGUUGUCUAUUGUAACUUCAAUCAGCUUUAUAAGAUUGACCCGUCCACUCUGCAAAUGUGGGCUAAUAUCCUGAAGCGAGUUCCAAACAGUGUUUUAUGGCUAUUGCGAUUCCCAGCCGUGGGGGAGCCAAAUAUCCAGCAGUAUGCUCAGAACAUGGGCCUGCCCCAGAACCGCAUCAUCUUCUCCCCUGUGGCUCCCAAAGAAGAGCACGUGAGGAGGGGCCAACUGGCCGAUGUCUGCCUUGACACCCCCCUUUGUAACGGCCAUACCACAGGGAUGGACGUGCUUUGGGCUGGGACUCCAAUGGUCACGAUGCCAGGAGAGACGCUGGCCUCCCGGGUGGCAGCCUCCCAGCUGACUUGCCUGGGCUGCCUUGAACUCAUCGCAAAGAGUCGGCAGGAAUAUGAAGACAUUGCGGUGAAACUGGGAACGGAUCUAGAAUACCUGAAGAAGAUUCGUGGCAAGGUCUGGAAGCAGAGAAUAUCCAGCCCCCUGUUCAACACCAAGCAGUACACCAUGGAGUUGGAGCGGCUUUAUCUCCAGAUGUGGGAGCACUGUGCAGCUGGCAACAAGCCGGAGCACAUCGUCAAUUCCCUGGAGAGUGGCGAAUCUGCCUAGGUCGCCCGCCCAUGUGUGGAAGCUGUCAGGAGGCUCCUGAGCAGAGGCCACCAAAAGGGACUUCACCUCUGCUUCCUUCCUCUGCCUGGAACUCCUAGCAGAAAGGAUCUGUGGUUGGAACUGGAGAGCCCAGCCGGACUUUCCUCCUGCAUGACGGAAGAGCUGGAGCUGCUUGUCCUGGCUGAAGCAUUUGCCGCUCAGCUCUGCCAGGCCCCGGUAGGCGUCUCUGGGCUGGGCUCUACAAGGAAAGGUGUAGGACAGCCAGGCAGCUGCCAUUUCAUGGAUGGAUUCAGUUUCCCUAGAAGUUAAAUCUUCCUUUGUGGAUUGGAACUGGAGCUUUUUUAAAAGAUUGGUUUUUCGGGUAUUCCUGUUGGUACACGUGUGGGUCUGACAAGGUUUCCAGCUAGCUCGAGUUGCUCCUCCCUGGGAAUCUCUGCUGGUGAAGCUUUUUUACGGGUUUUAUAAACCACUUGAGCCAACAUCGGCCUCCUUAAUGUCUGACACGUCUCCUAGGCUUUGUGUGCUGUCUUGACUCGGGUGAGGGCUUUUUUUAAAGCCUCAUCUUGUCAGUUGGCUUCAGAACAGCGCACCUCUCUGUAGGAAAGAUAAAUUGAAUUUAAAAUGUGGUGGUCUCGUCUUUCCCUGAACCCAACCUGGUGCCAAAUGCUUAUCCUUCAGGAAAAAUAAUUAUGUAUGGAGUUGCAGGCAUAGCACAGUAGCACAGACUUGCAAAAUAAAGCUCUGGUUUGACCAGGUUGGCCCAUGGGUAGGGGACCGGCCCUUCCGCCACAAAGCAAUUGUGUGCAGGGCAGCUGGCCUCUUGACUUCAGCAGAAAUGCAGCCCCAGGUAGGUAUGGAUUCCCUUUUCACAGAAGGAUGCUUUUCACUGACCACCUGCCUGGGGAGCAGGCAGCCUUGACAGGCAGAACUGAAGAGACAGGGGGAAGAAUGAGCCCUCCCCCACUUAAUUUGCUCUGCCUGCAAUUAACCAAAGCCUCGGUGGGCCCACCGAGAGCGCUGCAUGGGGCGGGGGGCUUGAUGGCUCCCUAAUGUGCUGUUCGAGCAACCCCUUCAAUAGCCCCACUCCUGCUUAAGUGGCUCCGAAGAGGGCUUUUGUUUCUGCUGGGAAGGGCCUCUGGAGACCCCCACCCCAUGCAGCCCCUGCCCUGGUGGAGGCAGAGAUGGGCAGGGCUGCCCGGAAGGAAAGGGGAAGGGGUGAGCCUCGUGUCCUGACCAGGAGCAGCCCCUGUGUGGUGGGGGGAGGAAAAGCGGUUGGGGCUCUGCUUGCGCGUGUACCAGCCUUGAUGUCCGGAUGAGUGGCUGACAAAUACAGAUGAAAUCACUGGUGA